AGUUAACUUGCAUAAAAUCGUUGUCGAGAUAGUAGAUCAUUUGCUGUAGCAGAGUCAUCUUUAGGUAAUAUUUACUAUAUUAGAGUUUGCCCAUAAGCUGGUUGUUGUAUGAUAACCUCUCGCAUUGAAAAUGAAAAGGAUUACAUUGCUAUUCAUUGUCAUGUUGGGCAUUGCACACUUUGUGGCGGUCAUUCGAAGUGAAGAUGAUGAUCCAGCAGAGGACAUUGGAGAAUGGGAUGAUGGCGGCGAUGAGGGUCUCGAGGACGAGGACGAUGAUGACGAUGGCACAGAAGUUAAAGAUGAAAACGGAGUGCUAAUUCUUAGGGAUAGUAACUUCGACACUUUUAUGGAGGACAAAGAUACUGUUCUGGUCGAGUUUUAUGCUCCUUGGUGUGGACACUGCAAGCAGUUUACCCCAGAAUAUGAGAAAAUUGCUCAGAUCCUGAAAGAAAAUGACCCACCUAUUCCAGUUGCAAAGGUGGAUGCCACCAAAGAGAGUGCUCUCGGAGGCAGAUUUGAAGUUUCAGGCUAUCCCACAUUCAAAAUUAUGAAGAAGGGGGAACCCGUGGAAUAUGAUGGUGAUCGGACACAGCAAGCCAUUGUGGCGAGGGUAAAAGAAGUUGCACAGCCAGACUGGAAGCCACCUCCAGAGGCGACUUUGGUCCUGACAAAGGACAACUUCGAUGAAAUAGUCAAUGAGGCUGACAUCAUCCUGGUUGAGUUUUAUGCCCCAUGGUGUGGCCACUGUAAACGCCUGGCACCUGAGUUUGAGAAGGCAGCCCAGGAGCUCAGCACUCGUACCCCACCAAUUCCACUGGCCAAAGUUGAUGCCACCGUAGAGCCUGAUCUUGCUACAAAAUAUGGAGUAUCUGGUUAUCCAACCUUAAAAAUCUUUAGAAAGGGCAAGCCGUUUGAAUACACUGGGCCAAGAGAGAAGUUGGGCAUUGUGGACUUCAUGAGUGAUCAGGCAGGAACUCCGUCGAAGCAAAUUCAGACUGUUAAACAAAUCCAGGAGUUAAUCAAAGAUGGAGAUGAUGCGGUCAUUGUAGGUGUUUUCACAGAUGAAGGAGAUGCUGCGCUUGAAGUGUAUAUGGAAGCUUGCAAUGUCUUGAGAGAUGACUACAGGUUCCGCCACACUUUCAGUAGCGAUGUGGCCAAAUUUCUGAAGGCCUCAUCUGGGCAAGUGGUUAUGAUGCAGCCUGAGAAGUUCCGCUCCAAACAUGAGCCAGAGUCCUGGUCACUUGCCAUUAAGGAUUCUACAGCUUCAUCAGAAAUUCAAGAUUUCUUCAAGAAGAAUGUGUUGCCGUUAGUUGGUCACCGAAAACAGAGCAAUGAUGCCAAACGAUACACAAAGAGGCCACUGGUUGUGGUGUAUUAUGGUGUAGAUUUUAGCUUUGACUACAGAGUAGCCACGCAGUUCUGGAGGGGCAAGGUAUUAGAAGUGGCUAAGGACUUCCCAGAGUAUACGUUUGCUAUUGCUGAUGAGGAGGACUACGCGGAUGAGCUGAAGAGCCUUGGUCUGAGUGACAGUGGGGAGGAUGUGAAUGCUGCUAUUCUUGGAGAUGGGGGAAAGAAGUAUCCCAUGGAACCUGAGGAGUUGGACUCGGAUGUGCUCAGAGAUUUUGUCAUGGCCUUUAAGAAGGGCAAGCUAAAACCAAUUGUUAAAUCUCAACCCAUUCCAAAGAACAAGGGACCAGUCAAGGUUGUGGUUGGUAAGACCUUUGACGACAUUGUCAUGGACAAGAAGAAAGAUGUUCUUAUCGAAUUCUAUGCUCCAUGGUGUGGACACUGUAAGAAGCUGGAUCCUGACUAUAAUGCUCUGGGCAAGAAGUACAAGAACGAGAAAAACCUGGUCAUUGCUAAAAUGGAUGCUACUGCCAAUGAUGUGCCUCAUGACAGCUACAAAGUAGAGGGUUUCCCAACAAUAUAUUUUGCACCCAGAAACAAAAAGGAGAGUCCUGUCAAAUUUGAAGGAGGCCAGAGAGACCUGGAGACACUCAGCACAUUCUUGGAGGAGCAUGCCACAAAGUUAUCACAGAAGAAAGACGAACUCUAGGUUUGUUUUUUUGAAUAGCUUUGAACUGCAGUUUCUGGGAGGACAAAUGGUUCCAAAACUUCCAGAAAUAAGUUUUGAUUUGAUGCUGUUGUAACAGUUGUUACUGAGAAAUUAUUUUCCAUUACAAAAGCACGCACUGUAUACAAAAUUUCUAAGUUCUUUUUAAAUAAAAUGUGAAAAUGUGAAA